UGUCACAUGAAUCCAAACUUGUCUCAGUCUGAUGAAGUCUUUUUCACUGUCCAAUAGGAACCUGCAUGUUUCAGAACGGCUUGGAAAAAAAGGGUGUUCCAAAUCAGGCAGAUUACUACAGAUGUCCGAAUGACGAUACUGUUGUUUAGAACUGAAAGACUACCAGAUUUCACUUUCUGGAGCUAAGUUUCAUGGAUUCAAAUUCCAACACUGUGGUUGUGACUGGCUUUGGUCCCUUUCGACAACACCUCGUUAACUCUAGCUGGGAAGCAGUGAAGGAGAUGUCCAAGUUAGGCCUUGGUGAAAACAUAGAUCUACACAUCAUGCAACUGCCAGUGGCUUACCAAAAAGCAAAGGAUCUCAUCUGUAAGAUAUGGGGGACUCUUCAACCACUAGUCUGUCAUUUUCAUUUCCUGUUAUUCACUCUGGUGGGGGCAAAAAACCAGCUCACUGUUCACGUUGGACUCGCUUCAUCCUCCAAAGCGAUCAUCAUCCUUGAACAGUGUGGGAAGAACAAAGGCUACAAAGAGAUGGAUGUUUGUGGUUUUUGCCCAGAAGAUGGCUGUUGUCUGUUAGAAGGCCCAGAAAAGAUUGAGUCUACAAUUAAUAUGAAAACUCUAUGGAAAAACAUUUCAGUGGAAGGAAUUGAUGUCAUCUAUUCCAGAGAUGCAGGAAGGGAAAAAUAACUAUGGGACAGAGGCAAGAGAAGAUAGUGGGACCUGGAAACUACACAAGCAAAAAGCACUACAAACAUUUUUUUUUUUUUUAAAUCUCCA